GAGAUUCGCUUACAGAUACAUUGUAAUGUACCACUUAUCUUGCUUUUGCAGUCCAGUCUGACUGUCACUGUUCCUCUGGUUGAUGGGGGGCUGCUGUAGCACAAAUAGGAAUGCAGAAGGAAACUGUUGAUGGCCGUUACUGCUCUGAGACUACCAUGAGUGGCUCACCCCUGCUACUUAUGGCUGGAGCAAACACUGUGGAAGAGCAGAGGGCUCGCUGGGAGAGAAAACGCAGUCGGACAGCCAAAGAGCUGCUGGAAACUGAGCACAAAUACCUUGAGCAGCUGGAUUUGGUGGUCACAUUCUUUGUGACAAUUUUAAAGGCCAAAGGGACGCUUAAACCUGCUGUAAUGGAAACCAUAUUUGGACCCCUGGAAUCCAUAUAUUCAGCCAGCCAGGUUCUGUCGCUUCACCUGGAGCGCGGAAAUUUAGGACUGGGAUUGGAAAUUUUCUGUCAGAAAUUGGAGCUUUAUGGCCACUAUGCUGAGAACUUGGAACAGGCAAAUAAAACCUUGAAGGAGCAGUUGAGGAAAAAUAAGUCAUUUCGACGCUUUAAGAAGCUACAAGAGACUCGACCUCAGUUUCAAGGAAAGAAGCUAGAGGAUUUGCUUCCUUUGCCUCUGCAGAGGUUACACCAGUACAAGCAUUUCCUCAGAGACCUGCUGGAGAACACCAGCCCAGACAGUGCUGAGUACCAGAAACUUGCAAAGACUGUGAAAUCUGCUUCUGAGGUAUCUCAAUGGGUCCAGGACAUCGCUCGUAAGAGAGAGAACUCAUUGCAGCUACUUCGUGUUCAGAAGCUUCUCAAAGGACAGAGGACACAGGUGUUGACUCCAGGGCGCUGGUAUAUCCGAGAAGGCUGGCUUCUGGUGGUGCCUUCCAAGGGAGAAGAACUGAAGCGCAGGAUGUUCUUCCUUUUUUCUGAUAUCCUUGUUGCAGCAAAACCCUGCCACCCACUCCACCUGCUAAACUCGAACAAAUUUGCAUGCACGGCUGUCUACCCACUUCACCAGUGCAUGGUGGAUAAAGUAUUUGGCCACACGCAGAGCCAGGGAGGGCUCCUCAGUCUUUCCUUCCCACACAAGACACUGUUGUUGAUGUCCAGUGACCAGCAAGAUAUUAAUGACUGGUAUCAGAGUCUCAAAGCUGCAGUCAGGCGUCUGAAAGCCUGACCCAUCUGAGAAGAAACUGGCAGGGCAACCACCCAUCUUGAUAGAAAGCUACAUAAUUUUAGAACAUGUUCAAGGACGUAAUAGUAGGAGAGUUGCAUUUAGAGGGACUACGCAGCAAGCCUGUGAAAUUAUGCUUUGUCAGUUUACUGAUCAUGACAAAAAAAAGUGUAUAUACAUUCAGAAUUUGUAAAUUAAGAAUCUGUAUUAAGCUUUUCCCCCAGUUUAGCUUAGAAACAUCUAGCUGUCCUGUACUUUUUCUCCUGAUUGUUAACUUAAGGACAACUCAAAGAAACCUUGAUUUGCUUUCCUUCAUUCAAUUUUUUUUUUUUUUUAUCUACCCGUCUUCCUAAAUCAGCAUUUUCACAUUUGUAUGUUUACCUUCUCUUACUUCUGGCUCCUAAGUCCUUUGAUCAGAAGGGGUAUUUUGGGUAACAGUAACAUAUGCAUAACACAGUAUUUCUGCCAGUGCUACAGGUCCACACAAUCUUCCUCCCCCGACAUAUUUUUAAUCAUUCAUAGCCUUCAGUUUUCAACCAAAAUAGUUUGACAGUUAUUGCCCUUCUUCCUCUAAGAAAGUGACAGGUGAACAGAUCAAGGGAAAACAAUUGAGUGCUUAAAAUCCUACUUCUGUUUCUCAUCAAUCCCACACAAAUGUUAAUCUGCUGAAUUAACUGAAACGAACCUACAGGUAACAUAGUCUGAUGCACACCAAACAGGGUUCACAUUUCUAAUCAGAAUCCUAAAAGACUACACAGGUGAAAUGCUAUCCUUUGCAUUCAAAGUAUGCAGUAACUUUAUCACACCAAAACUGCACUGAAAUGCCCAGGCAGCAACUCUGCUCCUGAAGCAUUGUGGAAAUUUGCACAGGGCUACGGUCAUCAUUUCAGGGCAUCAGACUGCAGCUAAUGCACUCAAGUUCAGUUUACUAAGAGGAAAGACCACCUGAGAGCAGCACGAGUAUUAUUGAGAAUUAAAUAUUGAAGCCUCAACAUGGACUUUUAAUAAUGUGGAAGCUAUGCAACAACAGCAGUUGGUUCAUGCUGUCUGUUAAGGAUAAAGUACCUGGUUGAACAAGACAAUAGGUCAUCAACUGCAAGCAGUGCAUUUUCUUAAUUCUAAUGACUUUGAAAUUACAGUCCUUGCAGUUGAUGAUCUAUUUUGUUCAGUCUCUGGCAGGUAUUUUUCUUUAUUUUACACUCAUAAGCUGCAGCUACAAAUCAAAGAUAAAGCCAGCACUUUAAGUUUCAUAUCUGCAUUUGCAUUAUUUUCUGGAGAAGUUCUGCCACUAUCAUUUUUUUGCUCUAAGAGCACAGUACAGCGAUUUCAUGUAAUGCCACCUGGGGGCUGAGGUGUCUUACCAAGCUCAAGAGUGACAACUUAUUCCUGUCCAUGUUGCCAACCUUUUAACAGGUCUCAUUAGUAUUGCUACUUUUAAAACUUG